GAUUUCGGAUUCCUUGCCCGCGACCCGAGCACGCCAAUGACGCACGGGCCCCGAUGUCACUCUCGCGCACCGUGUCAGCACUAAAUGCGUGCGCAGCUCCCCAGAGAGCUCCAGAAAACCAAAAGCGAGCGGAAUCGGAUCUGGGGAAGGAGAAGAAGUCUAGAGAGCGAGAGAGAGAGAGAGAGAGAGGAGGAGGAGGGGAGGGGAUCGAUGGCGGACUGGGGCCCUGUGAUUGUGGCGACGGUGCUGUUCGUGGUGCUCACGCCGGGGCUGCUCUGCACGCUGCCGGGGCGCGGGCGGGUGGCGGAGUUCGGCAGCAUGCACACCAGCGGCCUCGCCAUCCUCGUCCACGCCGUCCUCUACUUCGCCCUCGUCACCAUCUUCCUCAUCGCCAUCGGCGUCCACAUCUACGCCGGAUAGCCGAUCCGCGGCGAGCGCGACCGGGCGGUGCCGCUCGAAGCUGCCUGCUCGCUCGCUCGGUUGGUUGGUCACCAGCUCACAAGGUCCGUGGUUUUCUCUUGCCCCGUGAGCGCGAUUGCCCGAUGGGUUGUUGGUCCAUGGCCUUUGGUUGUAAUCGAUCGAGACAUUAGACAUUGAUGUAAUCUUGUUACCAUGAGUGUGAAUCGGUGCUGUGCUGCUGUGUU